UGUAGAGAGACGCAGUCAUACAUCGGUCGCUGUCAAAUGGGGUUUGUUCACGCAACAUUUCGGAGAUAUGUUUGAUGUUAAGUUCUAGCCCAGGAAUGUAUCUAUAAUAUUGCGAUUAGAGUGCUAUAUAUCCAACACAAAUAUCAAUUGCAAUCGCCUUGAAUCAGAUGUUUAGGUAAAGAUAGUACUUUGUUGCCCUGUAACAGCUCCAUCGGGCGGACGGGCACAACUUGAUCUCAACUAUCAAUUUCACGACUAUCACGUUACAUUUUGUGACAUAACGAGGAUAUAAAAGGUAAACAAUACGCCCAAUAGUAUAUGAGCACGGAUGGCCGAAUGGUGUCAGCGCUAGACUUUUACUCCAAGGAAAGCUCACAGACAGAACGCCAUAUUAAAAACGUGCACCGCAUCGUCAGAGGCAGACGGCAACGGCAUCGUCAGAGGCAGACGGCAACGGCAUCGUCAGAGGCAGACGGCAACGGCCGUAGGUCAUAAGGAUUUUCGUUGAACACAUCGGACUUUACGAAUUUUCCUUGAAGUGGUGGAAACAGAAAACUAAGAUGGCGAGCAACGGAACGAUGUCAACAAACGGUCGCGAGAUGCAAAAGAUGUUCCAGACGAUAGCAGCAAUAGAGCUGUACCAUGCACAACGUGAGGUAGCCAACUAUCUGGAACUUGCCUAUCUGAACCUGGCCGAUCAUCCGGAUGCCGCCAAAGAGGUUCGAAUGACAGCGCACAGUGCGAGGUCACAACACCUGAUGACGUCAGGCCUGAUGAAAAAGUUCACAGUGACUGCUGGUCACAUAGUCAACACAAUGGUUCCGAUGAUUUUGGAUGCGGUCGAGUUGCAGGAUCGGGAUAUCAUUAUUGACGUAUUUGGCCAGAUUAUUGAGAAUGCUGAGGCCAUGAAGAAAGAAUCAGAAGACACACGGACAAGCUACCUUAAGCUCCAAACGGAGAUACAGAAGAAUAUGGCAUUCGUUAAUGACAAAAACAAACAUGUAAUAAAAGAAUCUGAGCGGCUGAAAGUACAAAUGGAACGAGAAAAACAGAUGGCUAAGGCUGCCGCUCUGGCUCAGAAAGAACUUGAAGAAGAAAAAAAAAGGAUGGAAGAUGACUUAGCAUUAUUGAAAGGACAGAGGGAUCAGAUGUUUAAAAAUGCAGAAGGUGCAGGUCGCGAUAUGUCUGUGGAAGACGACGCAACAUUUCUUGACGCCGGCAUUCGCCCAAGCGCCAUCAUGGGCGGAGGUGUCGGCAUCGCGUUAGAAUUUGUUGGGAAAGCCGUCAACUUUUUUACGAGCAUGUUCAAAGGAGACAAGAAGAAAGACAGAUACAAGGAGCUCAUGAAGGGAUACCAAGCCGCAGAAGACAACGUACAUCGAGCACAAAAAGAAAGGAGAGAUGUCGUAGAGCGUGUGAACGAGCAAAGGAAAGAAGCGCACCAACGUCUCGCCAAAAUGAAGGAACUCAGUAUACAACAAUCUGGUCUAGGAAACGUCGAAAGUCUUCGCGAAGCUUCGCUCCAUCUCGGGGACGUGGACCGCCAGUUCACGAGAAUCAUUCAGUUUUGGGAGAACAUGGCUGCUAUUCUCAAGUACCUGAAAGAAGAUGUCAGGGCGGGGGAAGUUUACCUGAAGAAAAUUGAAAACGAAAAAUACGCUGAACGGUUCAAGAAGUCUAUCAGUAGGGCCGAAAAGGACUGGCAGUUCUUUGGCAAGAUAUGCAGCGACUACGUCCAGGAAAGUGAUACGGAACUCAGGGCACUCUACAACUUCCUGUCCUCGCCCAUCGACCAUAUGUCUAAAUCAGACAGAACAACGAGGAAGAAGGCUCUAAUAUCUUCCAUAGAAGCGGACAUCGACUCGGCUUAUGGGGAGGACAAUUAACCCAUUUAUGCCUAGUGGACUCUUCCAUCCUUUUAAAUCGGAUCAAUUUAUUUCGAAAAUUAGGGAUGUCUAGUAUAUUUAUUUCUAUAUUUAGAAUAUUUCUUACAGUAAUUCCUUUCGGCAAAUAGCGCAGACCCUGAUGAGACGCCGCUUCAUGCGGCGUCUCAUCAGUGUAUACGCUGUUUGCCAAUGCCUUUUUUCUAGACGCUAGGCAUAAAUGGGUUAACGUUUGUAAUUCAACCUAUAGAUGUUUAAUGUAAUCUUUUUUGCUAAUUUUUAACAAUUGAUAUAUAUUGUACAUACAGUUUCUCAUUAUGAUCAAUAUUAUUUUUGAUAUUUUUUUUUUUGUAUUUUGAUGUCUAAUUACCUUUUAAUAUUGUUUUCAUGUUUUCCGACAGGCUGUAUCACUCAAUAUUUAUAAAUGACAGUGACUAUUUUCACAAGCGUUUGUUUUCCUCUGUCACUGAUCUCGAUUAAUCACCGUAUUAGUAUGAAUUUAUGAAUUUAGGAAAGUUAUAACGUUUUAUCGGUGUUACAUGACUGAUAUCAGUUCGGAAACAGUAUUCCAUAUUUGUACGUGUAUUUUCACAAUGUAUUCUUUUUAAAUACAUACAGGUUAUUAAUUAAAAUCCAUAACAUUGAUGCUUUUUUCUUUAAAAAAUGUUUGUAUUCGUGUUUUAUCAUAUAUGUACUUUAUGUAUAUAACAUGUGUAUUUCUCAAUAAAACAUGUAUCUUGU